GGGAUAUGCUCAAUUCGAGGGUGUGGAGGGAUCGCAGAUCAGAUCUGAAUCUCGUAUUCGCAAAACCCUCUUCUCUUUUCUUCUUCUUCUUCUUACACUUGUCUCAUCUCACUCACUCCAAACCCUAACCCUAACCAUGUUGACCAAGUUCGAGACCAAGAGCAACCGAGUGAAGGGCCUGAGCUUCCACCCGAAGCGCCCAUGGAUCCUCGCCAGCCUCCACAGCGGCGUCAUCCAGCUCUGGGAUUACCGCAUGGGAACCCUCAUCGACAAGUUCGACGAGCACGACGGCCCCGUCCGCGGCGUCCAUUUCCACCACUCCCAGCCUCUCUUCGUCUCCGGAGGUGACGACUACAAGAUCAAGGUGUGGAACUACAAGCUCCACAGGUGCCUCUUCACGCUCCUCGGACACCUCGACUACAUCCGCACCGUCCAGUUCCACCACGAGAAUCCAUGGAUUGUCAGCGCCAGCGACGACCAAACCAUUCGCAUCUGGAACUGGCAAUCGCGGACUUGUAUUUCCGUUUUGACUGGCCACAACCACUACGUCAUGUGCGCCCUCUUCCACCCCAGGGAGGAUCUCGUCGUCUCUGCGUCGCUUGAUCAGACUGUGCGCGUUUGGGACAUCAGUUCCCUCAAGAGGAAGAGCGCCUCGCCCGCCGAUGAUAUCCUCAGACUCAGCCAGAUGAAUACCGAUCUCUUCGGCGGCGUUGAUGCCGUUGUUAAGUAUGUUUUGGAGGGCCAUGAUCGAGGUGUCAAUUGGGCCUCCUUCCACCCCUCGCUGCCUCUCAUCGUGUCUGCUGCCGAUGAUCGACAAGUCAAACUUUGGAGGAUGAAUGACACAAAGGCUUGGGAAGUGGACACCUUGAGAGGACACAUGAAUAAUGUUUCAUGUGUUAUGUUCCAUGCUAAACAGGAUAUCAUUGUGUCAAAUUCUGAAGACAAGAGUAUUCGCAUAUGGGAUGCGACAAAGAGAACUGGAAUUCAAACAUUCCGCCGGGAGCAUGACAGGUUUUGGAUUCUUGCGGCUCAUCCUGAAAUGAACCUGCUGGCAGCUGGGCAUGACAGUGGCAUGAUUGUUUUUAAGCUGGAGAGAGAAAGGCCUGCUUUUGUGGUUAGUGGUGAUUCGUUGUUCUACACAAAAGAACGGUUUUUGUGUGUCUAUGAAUUCUCUACACAAAGAGAUGCACAAGUGCUUCCGUUUCGACGGCCAGGCUCUCUAAGCUUGAAUCAAAGUCCAAAGACUCUUUCCUAUAGCCCAUCUGAAAAUGCUUUUCUUCUGUGUUCAGAUGUAGAUGGUGGAUCUUAUGAGUUAUAUUGUAUAUCAAAGGACAGUUAUGGUAGGGGUGAUGUGCAAGAUGCGAAAAGAGGUCACGGAGCAUCAGCAAUCUUUGUGGCUCGCAAUCGGUUUGCUGUGCUUGAGAAGAGCAACAAUCAAGUCCUUAUAAAAAAUUUGAAGAAUGAGAUUGUCAAGAAGAGUGUCCUUCCAAUUGCCGCAGAUGCUAUCUUCUAUGCAGGAACAGGAAACUUGCUAUGUAGGUCAGAGGAUAGGGUUGUCAUAUUUGAUCUUCAGCAGAGGAUUGUUCUUGGUGAACUUCAGACCCCUUUUAUUAAAUAUGUUGUCUGGUCUGAUGACAUGGAACAUGUUGCUUUGCUCAGCAAACAUGCCAUUAUAAUUGCUAGCAAGAAACUUGUGCACCAGUGUACUCUCCAUGAGACAAUCCGUGUAAAAAGUGGAGCCUGGGAUGAAAAUGGUGUUUUUAUUUAUACAACACUAAAUCACAUCAAAUACUGUCUUCCCAAUGGAGAUAAUGGGAUAAUAAAGACACUGGACAUUCCAAUUUAUAUCACAAAGGUCUCUGGAAACACAAUCUUCUGCUUGGAUAGGGAUGGAAAGAACAGAGCAAUAAUUAUUGAUGCAACUGAAUAUAUUUUUAAGCUUUCCCUCUUGAAGAAAAGAUAUGACCAUGUUAUGAACAUGAUCAAAAACUCUCAGCUUUGUGGACAGGCUAUGAUUGCUUAUCUACAGCAGAAGGGCUUUCCUGAGGUUGCACUGCAUUUUGUCAAAGAUGAGAAAAUUCGGUUCAAUUUGGCUUUAGAGAGUGGGAAUAUUCAGAUUGCAGUUGCAUCAGCUACAGCAAUUGAUGAAAAAGAUCACUGGUACCGUUUGGGGGUUGAGGCUCUUCGCCAAGGCAAUGCUGGUAUUGUAGAGUAUGCAUACCAGAGGACAAAAAAUUUUGAGAGAUUGUCUUUCCUUUAUCUUGUCACUGGUAACUUGGAGAAACUAUCAAAGAUGUUGAAAAUUGCUGAAGUCAAGAAUGAUGUGAUGGGCCAGUUUCACAAUGCUUUGUAUAUGGGUGAUGUUCGAGAACGUGUUAAGAUCUUGGAGAAUGUGGGCCAUUUGCCUCUUGCUUACAUCACUGCAUCAGUCCAUGGGCUACAUGAUGUUGCAGAGCGGCUUGCAGCUGAACUGGGAGAUAAUAUUCCAUCUUUGCCUGAAGGAAAAGUACCUUCUCUCUUGAUGCCUCCAUCACCUGUCAUGUGUGGAAGUGAUUGGCCUCUUCUCAGAGUCAUGCGAGGCAUGUUUGAUGGUGUGCUUGACACUACAGGUCGGGGAGUUGCUGAUGAAGAAGAGUACGAGGGUGCUGAUGCUGAUUGGGGUGAGGAGCUUGACAUUGUUGAUGCAGAUGGCUUACAAAAUGGAGACGUGGCUGCGAUCUUGGAGGAUGGAGAAGUGGGUGAAGAAAAUGAUGAAGAGGGUGGAUGGGAGAUGGAGGAUUUAGGCCUGGCGGAAGCUGAGACUCCAAAAGCUUCAGUCAGUACACAAUCUUCAGUUUUUGUGACUCCAACACCUGGCAUGCCGGUAAGCCAUAUAUGGACUCAGAAAUCAUCUCUUGCGGCUGAUCAUGCAGCUGCUGGAAAUUUUGAUACUGCAAUGAGAUUACUGAACCGGCAACUUGGGAUAACUAAUUUUGCCCCCUUGAGAUCCAUGUUUCUUGAUCUUCACACUGGCAGUCAUUCCUAUCUGCGUGCAUUUUCUUCUGCUCCAGUCAUAUCACUUGCAGUUGAAAGAGGUUGGACCGAGUCAUCUAGUGCAAAUGUGAGGGGCCCACCAGCACUUCCUUUCAAAUUGUCUCAAUUGGAUGAAAAGCUUAGAGCUGGUUACAAGUUAACUACUGCUGGGAAAUUCACCGAGGCCCUGCGGACAUUUGUUAAUAUUCUUCAUACAAUUCCGUUGAUUGUCGUUGAGUCAAGGAGGGAAGUGGAUGAUGUUAAGGAACUGGUUAUCAUUGUCAAAGAAUAUGUUCUGGGUCUGCAAAUGGAGCUACAGAGGAGGGAAGUAAAGGACAAUGUAGCACGGCAGCAGGAGCUUGCAGCAUAUUUCACUCACUGCAACCUUCAGGCACCUCACUUGAGGUUAGCUUUGCAGAAUGCAAUGACUGUCUGUUUCAAAGCCAAGAACCUUGCCACUGCUGCUAACUUUGCCCGGAGGCUACUUGAGACAAAUCCAACGAUUGAAAACCAAGCUAAGCAAGCAAGGCAAGUGGUGGCAGCUGCUGAAAGAAACAUGACUGAUGCGACCCAGUUGAACUAUGAUUUCCGGAAUCCAUUUGUAAUUUGUGGUGCAACUUAUGUGCCGAUCUAUCGAGGACAGAAGGAUGUCUCUUGCCCAUACUGUUCUUCACGCUUUGUGCCAAGCCAGAAGGGACAGCUAUGUAAUGUUUGUGAACUCGCAGUGAUUGGGGCAGAUGCUUCUGGACUGCUUUGUUCACCUUCCCAGAUACGCUGAUUGAGCUACUGGAUCGGGUCCAAUGUUAAAUUUUGUUUUGGGUCAAUUUUCAGCACUAGAUGAAUCUUUAUUAAUUAGUCAAUAUGUUGAUGGUACUGUGAUAGAAGUGAGAGUUAGUCACGAGGGAUUACUUUUUCGCCCUUUUGCUUGCCCUUCUCUUUUGUUGAAAAUGAUUUUCAAUGUAAUAAAUCCAUUUCGUUCCCGAGGGGUGUUAGUUUUCAUACACAAGAAAGUGAAAGGUUGUACUCAGAUCAAACGAUGGUUAUAGGCUGUGCAACAGUUAAAUUUGCGCAGUUUUAUUUGGCAAAGUACAUAUGAUUAUGUCUGUGUUUAGUUGGGGUUCAGUCCCUUGGUUACAAAAAAUGUUUCUGUAGUUAAGCGGCAUUUUGAUUGUUUAUUUGAUUCGGUCCCUGCAAUUUACAUGCAGAUUGAUUA